AUGCGAAGGAAGCUUCCGUGGGAGGAUGGUACCUCCACAGCGAGUCGCCCAAGCAAAGCUGGGAGUGCGCCGGCGCCCAAAAGGCAGAAGCUGAAUGAUAAGAAAGAUGACAGGACACCGUCUCCGAAGAGGAAUAUAGAUAGACGAGCUCCGUCCUCAUCCCCAGCUCCUCAAGCGGCAAAGGAGGAAUUCAUGGACGAAGGGACGGAGUGCGACGACAAAUGGCGGAUGGUGGAGGAUGAGUUCCUGGCCGUCGCUAAGAAGUUCACCGUUCAUCUCCACGCUGCCGAGUAUAAAAGACAACAAAAGAUGGUGAAAAGCCGAAACGCGGAGACUAUCAACUCUAUAUCACGCCCCGUCACAGGAAAGAUGCCAGACCACACAAAACGGAAGAUGGAAGCUGCCGUUAGAGUGAAAGCUCAGAGAACUGCUCUAGAGAACGUGGUUGUCAAGAAGGUUGAAGAUGAUGAUGAUAGCGACGAUGGCGAUGGCCUCCCUUAUUUUGGGACUACACUUCAUGGAUUGAUGGAUAGUCCACGUAAGAAAGCUGCGUCUCUAGCAAAACCUGGGACGAUUGCAGCAACCACAAGAGCAGCUGCUGGGUUUAAGCAAUCAGCGGCACAGUCGAAACCUGAUAGAACGCACGAAUCACCUCAAUCCAAGGUCGCUCUCCGUACUGCUAAAUCAUAUCAGUCAAACAAGAGUGUAGCGGAGUCAUCUGAAGACGAUGAUGAUCUUGAUGCGCCAAUACUGGCUCCGAAACUGGCAGCCCUUUUCCAGAAACCUGCCCCCAGCUCUGCGCCCAAUGUCAAAUUAACUAGCAUCACCAAAACUACGAAGUCAAUUCCAGCGCCAAAGCCAAGCUCAUUAACUGCCAUUAAGAGCAACUCAUUCAGCGCAGUUGGGUCAAAACCCUCACGCACUCAACUAUCGCCGGAAGUUAGAUCCCGGCCGUCGAGACUAGAGCAAGCUCGACGUCACAAGGCAAAGAUGGAGAAGGAGCAAAAGGACAAACAUAUACUAGAUGUGAUCCCGACCUUUCUAUGA